CUUAUAAGUUCCUCUUUUUCUUUCCAUUACUUGGUGUUCUGCAAAUUGUUUUUAAGUUUAAAGUCUUACUUGUUUGUUGUUGUUAUUGUUGUCUCUCUGGUGGUGCUUCCGUGUGCGGUAAGAAGGGAAGCUUGUGCUUGUAGACUUGCCCUCUCUCUACAAAAAUUCGCUAAUAACUACAAAUGAUGGUUGGAGGAGGAAGUGCGCAGAAGCUAACUACUAAUGAUGCACUUGCUUACCUCAAGGCUGUUAAGGAUAAGUUUCAAGACAAACGCGAAAAGUACGAUGAGUUUCUUGAGGUCAUGAAAGAUUUUAAAGCUCAGAGAGUUGAUACUAGUGGUGUUAUCUUGAGGGUGAAAGAGCUGUUCAAAGGGAACCGAGAGCUGAUCUUGGGUUUCAAUACUUUCUUACCAAAGGGUUUCGAGAUAACACUCUUACCCGAAGAAGAUGACCAGCCUCCCCCUAAGAAACCUGUUGAGUUUGAAGAAGCUAUUAGUUUCGUCAACAAGAUUAAGACAAGGUUUCAGGGAGAUGACCGUGUGUACAAAUCUUUUUUAGACAUUCUGAACAUGUAUAGAAAGGAAAACAAGUCCAUUACUGAGGUCUAUCAGGAGGUGGCUAUCCUUUUCCGGGACCAUCACGAUUUGCUUGUGGAGUUCACUCACUUUCUCCCUGAUACUUCAGGAACCGCCUCUACUAAUAUUGAUCCUGCAAAAAUGUCUGUACGUGACCGAGGAAGCAUUAAAUCUCUUCCCACCAUGCGUGACUCUGAUAAGAAGGACCGGAUCAAUGACCUCAAAACGGAGCAUAUGGACAUAGACCAUGAAAGAUCUUUGUUGAAAGAAAGCAAAGAAGACGUUAGACGCAUUGACAAAAAGAAUGAUUACAUGGAUGGCAGAGACAUGAAAGGCGAUGGUAUAGAUAGCCAGAAAGAGCAGUUCCUCCUCGGUAAAAAGAAGCUGACACUAAGAGAUAAUGACUCUCCUGGAAUCUCGAAUCAGGCUAGAGAAGGAGGAGACAAGUUUCGUGGAGACAUUGCCACUUCUUCUACUUAUGAUGAUAAAGGCCAUGUCCAAGAACUUGCUUUUGUCGAUAGAGUGAAGGCGAAACUCAAAACCUCUGAGUACCAAGAGUUCUUGAGAUGUCUUAAUCUAUUUUCAAAGGAAAUUAUCAGCCAACCAGAGUUGCAGUCUUUGGUGGGAGAUUUGAUUGGAGUGUAUCCAGACCUUAUUGAGGCCUUCAGAGUCUUUUUGGUUCAGUGUGAAAAGAAUGAUGGAUUACUCUCUGGUAUCGUGACUAAAAAGUCCUUGUGGAGUGAUGGCAAAGUUCCUCAGCCUACUAAGUCACAGGACAAGGAUACAGAGCGAGAACGUGAAAAGGCUGAAAGGUUUAGAGAAAGAGACCGUGAGAAGGAGAGGCUCGAGAAGGCUGCAGCGAGCCAGAAAUGGGCAAAGCCUAUCAAUGAGCUAGAUCUCUCCAACUGUGAACAGUGCACUCCUAGUUAUCGGUUGCUUCCAAAGAACUACCCAAUCCCCAUUGCAAGCCAGAAAAUGGAGAUUGGUAGCCAGGUGCUUAACGAUCAUUGGGUGUCUGUCACUUCGGGAAGUGAAGACUAUUCAUUUAAGCACAUGCGCAAGAACCAGUACGAAGAGAGCCUCUUCAGAUGUGAAGAUGACAGGUUUGAGCUAGACAUGCUAUUAGAGUCUGUGAACUCAGCUACCAAUCGUGUGGAGGAGUUAUUGGCAAAGAUCAAUAGCAAUGAACUGAAAACAGACACUCCCAUCUGUAUUGAGGAUCACCUCACAGCUCUAAACAUAAGGUGCAUAGAACGUUUAUACGGUGACCACGGGCUGGACGUGUUGGAUCUGUUAAAGAAGAAUGCUUAUCUUGCUUUACCUGUAAUACUGACUCGUUUGAAGCAGAAGCAAGAAGAGUGGAUAAGGUGUCGCUCUGAUUUUAACAAAGUGUGGGCUGACAUAUACACCAAGAACUACCACAGAUCACUUGAUCAUCGCAGUUUUUAUUUCAAACAGCAAGACUCAAAGAAUCUGAGCACAAAAGCGUUGCUGGCAGAGAUAAAGGAGAUCGCUGAAAAGAAGAGAGCAGAAGAUGAUGCACUUCUCGCUCUCGCGGCUGGAAACAGACGAACUGUUUGCUCCAACAUGAGUUUUGAUUAUCCAGAUCCUGAUCUUCACGAGGAUCUGUACCAGCUGAUCAAGUAUUCAUGUGGAGAAAUGUGUUCAACCGAACAGUUGGAUAAGGUGAUGAAGGUGUGGACAGAGUUUUUGGAACCAAUGUUUGGUGUUCCUUCUCGCCCUCAAGGUGCUGAAGACCUAGAAGAUGCUGUCAAGUCUACUACGAACCUGAGCGAGUGCAGUCCGCAAAAUGUAGUUACUAUGGCCAAUAAUGGCACUCGAAAAGCUAGUGAUUUGGAUAGAGAUGUCACUGCUGGUAAAACUGCAGAUGCCUUAUUACGUGACAACGCUAAGAAAGAUAAAAUGCCGAAGAAUCUAACCACACCUGAGGAAAGACCUGAAACCAAACAAGCUGUUUCUAUUGAACGUGUGCAUAGCUCAACUACACCGCUUGUAGAUGGAUUGCUAUCUCAAAGGAAUGGGGUUAGCAAUAGUAAUCCUAAACCUACUGCGUUGGCCAGUGGAAUGGAGAUGGAGAUGAAGCCGAACCAUGUAAACGGGCCACGGGUGGAGGUGUUUCCAAAUGGGACAGUGGCGGAGACAUCAACUAAUCAAAGACCUAACGAAGUGUCUGCCAAAGUGGAAAGAGAAGAGGGUGAACUUUCCCCCACAGGAGAUUUUGAGGAAGAUAACUUUGCAGAGAAUGACUUGGAGCCUCUCAGCAAUGGUAAAGAUGGUAGCAGAGAGAAUGAUGGUAAUGCGGUUGAUGAAGGUGAUGAAAGUGCACCAAGAUCAUCGGACGUCAGCGGAAACACAUCUCAGAAUGGUGAUGUUUCCGGAACCGAGUCUGGUGAUGGUGAAGGUUGUUACCCCGAAGAUGAUAACAAGGCAGAAAGUGAAGGUGAGGCUGAAGAAGAAGAAGAAGAAGAAGGUAUGUCUGAUGCACAUGAUGAUGCUAAAGGUGAUAAUAGGCCUGUGUUGCCCAUAUCUGUGCGUAACCUGCUGCACGUGAAGCCUCUGGCGAAGUACGUCCCUCCGGCGUUAUGCGAUAAGGACAACAAAGAUGUUACCAACUCCAGAGUCUUCUAUGGGAAUGACUCCUGUUACGUUCUUUUCAGGCUUCAUCAGAUUCUGUAUGACAGAAUACUAUCAGCAAAGAUCAAUUCGUCUUGUCCAGAAAGGAUGUGGAAGACCUCAAACUCAGCAAACCCUGCAGAUUCCUACUCCAGAUUCAUGAAUGCUCUCUACAACUUGCUUGAUGGCACGUCUGAUAAUCCAAAGUUUGAAGAUGACUGCCGAGCAAUAAUUGGGACACAGUCAUAUGUUCUCUUCACAUUGGACAAACUGAUCUAUAAGCUCAUCAAGCAUCUCCAAGCAGUAGCAGCUGAUGAGAUGGACAACAAGCUACACCAGCUAUACUUAUAUGAGAAGUCCAGAAAGCCUGAAAAAUAUCUUGACGCUGUUUAUUAUGACAACGCUCGUGUUCUCCUUCCUGAUGAAGAUAUAUACCGCAUUGAAUGUGAACUGUCGACACCGACAAAACUAUCUAUCCAGCUUCUGAACUACGGACAUGAUAAGCCUGAUGUGACUUCCAUAUCCAUGGACCAAACUUUUGCAGCUUACCUCCACAAUAAAUUCCUUUCCAGUCAACCUAAUGUGAAGGAGAAUCCUCGAAUCUAUCUAAACCGGAAUAAGCGUAAAAAUGGUGAGGAUCAAGUUAAGAUUAGUAACGGUUUGGAGUGUAAGAUAACCUGCAGUUCUUCAAAGGUCUCCUAUGUAUUCGACACAGAGGAUGUUUUGCAUCGUGUUAAGAGGAAGAAGGUUUCAAACCAAAGCAGACAAGACCCUGCUGUUGCCAGUGGUUCUUCAAUCAGGCAAAGAAGGAUACAAAGUUACCAAAAACUUCUCACCGGCCAAUGACCUUUCUCACACUUGCCACUGUUGAACAGAGCAACUUCUCACGCUUUUAAAGACAUUCUUUUGGUUGAUAUACUCAGCAUUGAGCUUUGUCGGAAGAGAGGAAUACUGGAAGGGAUUAGCUUCCACAGUUGUGUAUAUAAAGCUUUUGUAUGUUGUAACAUUAACUCAAAAGUCAUCUCUUGUUUGGUCCUAUUCUUUCCAACAUUAAUCACCUGAAUGAAAAUUUGUUUUAUA